AUGGCACCAAAGACCCCAACCAGAGCCGCUCAAUUACGCCAACUGCUUACCCGACCGGGCCCAGUACUCAUGAUCGGUGCGCAUGAUGCGCUUUCCGCACGUAUUGCCGAGCGCACAGGCUUCGAUGCCAUCUGGGCCAGCGCGCAACGCAUGGCCGAGGCCGUCACCUGCCCCGUCGUCGCAGACUGCGCCAACGGGUUCGGCAAUGCGAUUAACGCGAUGCGCACCGUCACCCAAUGCGAGCGCCCGGGCUUAGCAGGGGUAUGCAUCGAGGAUAACAUCUUCCCGAAACGGUACAGUUUCUACGAGGGGGUGCAGCGCGAACUGACAGCCCCGCACGAACAUGCGCUCAAAAUCCAGGCCGCCGAGGAAGCGCGGACGGAUCCCGACUUCGUGGUCAUCGCCCGCACGGAGGCGUUCAUUGCUGGGCGGACAAAGCGCGAAGCCCUGGAGCGCGCGCGGGCGUACGCAGACGCGGGCGCCGAGGCCGUGCUCGUGCACUCCAAGUCGGACUCGUUCGAGGAGUUGAGGGAGAUUGCGGCGGCGUGGGACCGCUCGUCGUCUUGUGUGCUUGUUGCGGUUCCAACGACUUAUGAGGGUAUCUCGGCGAGUGUGCUGUUUGAUACCGGGUUUAAAGUGGUUAUCUUCGCGAAUCAGGCGCUUCGAGCUGCGGUGAGGGCUAUGCAGGAUGCGAUGGUGGUGCUUCGGAGAGAGGUGCGUCCGGCUGCUGUGCGGGACUCGAUUGCGUCGUUGUCGGAGAUUUAUGGGCUUGUUGGGGUUAAUGAGCUGAGGGAAAGCGAGGAGCGAUUUCUACCGCGGCCUGCCUCUUCCCCAGUAACGAAUUGCGACGAGAACAAUCAUCAUGAGGAGCCGGCGGGCGAUAAGAGACAAGUGAUUUUAAAGCUUUGAGCUUUUACUUUGCACAGUAUCGAGCUCGAGCGAAGUCCGUUCUCUGAUGUCUCUUGUACAUACCUUGCUAGACCGUCUGGCUCCUAGAUUCAGCUAGACUCAAUGAUAUGAUCCGUCUCGCACGAGCACAUUGGAGAUGAAGAGGAUAAACCAGGUUGUAGAGGCGGUAGCGGGCUGUGCCUUACUUGACGAGCAGGUAGUCGCGGCUUGACAUCCAUAGGUAGAUUGGAGACCGGCUAACCAGACGGCUUUUCUUUUCCAGCGAAAUGCGAACUAUGGCCGUGAAGAAUAGCAAGCUCCUCAAAGCUCUGCUGACAGAUGUGCAUGUUGUUAUGGUGAUGAGAAAAUC